AUGGCCCAACGACCCCAAGCAGGUAGGCUGGGGUCCCAAGAGUGGGGCGUGGGAGGUGUGCUUCAGGACAGCGUCUCCCGCGACCCUGCGAGGUACAAUGACCUCCACACCUUUGAGCUUCAAGAGCCCACCCGGGUCAUCGAGUGGACGGGAGAAAAAACGGUCUGCGUGGCAGGAUACGGCAACCAAGAGCGGCAUGAAGUUCUCCAAUUGCUUUUGCCCCCCAGGCUGUGUGCGAAGGACAACCAGGGACUGUGUCCCGAAAGAGAUUUUAAGAUUGGAUGUGGUGGAUUUUCCGACCGCCCGACCUACAGCCUGAAGCAUGUCCCAGGAACCAGCUCGUUGGUGACCAGCGGGCCGCCGAACGGUUCCCUGCAGGUUUGGCGCCUGGAGCAGGACGACGCGGGUGUUAUUAAGCCCACUGGAACCAUCCAGACUGCAGGAGGAGAUGGACCAACCUGGGCCAAAAUUGCCGUGGCUUCCUCGAAGUCUGCCUGGGUGUUGCACGGGCUCAGGGUCAGCAGCAUCCAGGUGACUGAGAUCGAAUCCGGGAAGGCCAUCUUCAGGACAGCCUCCACCCACAGCGACGAACUGGCCACUCUGGAGUUCCUGGACCAAACCACAGCGCUGGCCUGCAGCACCAAAGGGCAGCUGUUCGUCGCAGACGUCAGGCAGCCGCAGGGCCUCUUGGGAGCGACCGGGGACGCGCCCGUCGCUCCAUCCCUGGGAGGGGAGAGGUGGCGCGCUGCAGUCGGGCACGGCCCAUCAGGGUCCCUCGGGGGCCACCCCCAGAUCGCUCGGCUUUCGACAGGAGGCUGCGUGGUGCUAACGGAUCCCCGGAAUAUGGCGACCCCCCUAAAAAUGGCCGUGGGGUGCAUGCCCACCUCUAAACUCCCAGGGUCGGAGUUCCUGUGCAUCUCCUUUGCUCCCCAGCUGGACGAGUGCCUAUCCGUAUCAGGCUUUGACGGGACUGUCCGUGUCUACGAUACCCACAGCUGGGGCUCUGCCCCCCAGGAAGCCCAGCCGCUCUUCGUCCAUCGAGGGCACGUUUUCAGCAGCGCGGAAGGAGCCGAUCGACAGGCACUGGUGACCACUCACACUUGGCACCCCUACAAGCCACGGACCCUGUUAUCCGCUGCUACUGACGGGUCACUCCAUGUGUGGGACUGGGCCGACCCCCGUGGGGCCAACUAGACCCCCUUUGUUGAUCCCACACGAUGACGGCUGGGAAGCGCUCUUCCGUAGCUUUCUGUUUGAAAAAAAAAAGCCUACCUGGGGCUUUCAAGGAGGGAGAAGAGAUCUGCCGAAGCCCCGUUUUCCUUGCGGGGGGCAGGGAUGAAGAACCAGUGAAUUUGCCGGGCCAGCAGGGGGCGCCACCGGGGCCCUGCCUAGAACCAUCUCCAUAAAAGCAAAGCCUUAUUAAGUAAAAGAUGUAAAACACAA